AUGCUUCUCCCAACCGCAUUCAAAAUGAAAGUCUCCCAGAUCUAUCUGUCGAUUUCGACCUUUGCAGUAUUUGCUGCUGCUGCUCCUGCAGUCCCAGCGGCAGUCGGAAACAACCUCACCGCGGACUACACGAACUCCUACUGCACAUUCUACGCAGACUCUGGGUGUACUCAACAAGUUGGCGACGUUGCCUUCGACGUCUUUAACGAAGGCUGCUUUACCAACUCUGGAGGCUACAUACGAUGCUCUAGCGAAGCUGGGGUCGUCCCACAAUUCAUCCUCGUCCAAUCCCCGGACUCAGACAACAACUGCUACUGCCAGACGGACUGUGCGCACUUUGGAGAUGGCGGACAGAUUCCUUCGCCAUGGAACACAUGUACUGCGAUCGACUUGAAUCCAGCUUACAAGACCUUUCGAAUUGAGCACGAUAUGGGCAGCUGCGCGGCCAACAACUGCUAG